CAGCCGCCAAGAUGGCGUCGGCCCUGGAGCAGUUCGUCAACAGCGUCCGGCAGCUUUCGGCCCAAGGGCAAAUGACCCAGCUUUGUGAACUGAUCAAUAAAAGCGGAGAACUGCUAGCAAAAAAUCUUUCCCAUCUGGAUACAGUGCUUGGUGCCCUGGAUGUGCAGGAACACUCGUUAGGAGUUCUUGCUGUCUUGUUUGUGAAGUUUUCUAUGCCCAGCAUCCCUGACUUCGAAACGUUAUUCUCACAGGUGCAGCUUUUUAUCAGCACUUGUAAUGGAGAACACAUUAGAUAUGCAACAGACACUUUUGCUGGCCUGUGCCACCAGUUAACAAAUGCCCUUGUGGAGAGAAAACAGCCCCUGCGAGGAAUUAGCAUUCUCAGACAAGCCAUAGACAAGAUGCAGAUGAACACAAACCAGCUGACCUCAAUACAUGCAGAUCUCUGCCAGCUCUGUUUGUUAGCAAAAUGCUUUAAACCUGCCCUCCCGUAUCUAGAUGUGGACAUGAUGGAUAUUUGUAAAGAGAAUGGGGCAUAUGAUGCGAAGCACUUUUUAUGUUAUUACUACUAUGGUGGGAUGAUAUACACUGGGCUAAAGAACUUUGAAAGAGCACUCUACUUUUAUGAACAGGCAAUAACUACUCCAGCCAUGGCAGUCAGUCAUAUUAUGUUGGAAUCAUAUAAAAAGUAUAUUCUAGUUUCUUUGAUACUACUUGGCAAAGUUCAGCAGCUACCAAAAUACACUUCCCAGAUAGUUGGUAGAUUCAUUAAGCCCCUUAGCAAUGCUUACCAUGAAUUAGCGCAAGUUUAUUCAACCAAUAAACCCUCGGAGCUUCGAAAUCUGGUGAACAAACACAGUGAAACAUUCACAAGGGAUAACAAUAUGGGGCUGGUUAAGCAAUGCUUGUCAUCUCUCUACAAAAAGAAUAUUCAGAGGCUAACCAAGACAUUUUUAACAUUGUCAUUACAAGACAUGGCAAGUCGGGUGCAGUUGUCGGGGCCCCAGGAAGCAGAAAAAUAUGUCCUCCACAUGAUAGAAGAUGGUGAAAUCUUUGCAAGUAUUAAUCAGAAGGAUGGUAUGGUCUGUUUCCAUGAUAAUCCUGAAAAAUAUAACAAUCCAGCUAUGCUUCAUAACAUCGAUCAGGAGAUGCUGAAAUGUAUAGAGCUUGAUGAACGACUGAAAGCCAUGGAUCAAGAGAUCACUGUGAACCCUCAGUUUGUGCAGAAGAGUAUGGGCUCUCAAGAAGAUGACUCAGGGACCAAACCAUCCAGUUAUUCCUGAAAUUCAUGUUGCUCACCACUCCGCUUUCAAGUAAAAGCUUAUGAAAGAGUCACGCCUGGAAGAGGGCAUUGAGGAGUUCCACGAAGAGAGCAGAGAGAACUGAGCUUUGCUUUUCACCUGGACAUUAAGAAAAUAAAAGAACACCCUCUCAGUACUGUAUAAUAUCAGAAAUACUCUCUGCAAAGAAAAAGGAAAUCUCAAAAGAAACUUAAAAGUCUGUUGUGGAUUUAUUUAUCUUCAGAUUAACAUCGUUAAUGCAUUAAAUAAUCUACCUUUUGUUUUAAAGGGUUUGAAUGUUGCUGUGUUUCUGUAGCAGUCCUUUUUUCUCUUCUGAAAAAAAAAAGUGUUAUUCAGGGAAGAAUACAAACUAGUGUUGGUUCACUUACAAGAUAAUUACUGGUUCAUUAUUCUGUAUUUAAAGUUGGCUCAAAGUGCAGAUUUAUCAUAUGUAUGGUGGGGGGAGAAAGGUGGAUUUUAAGUAAAUUCUCUACAUUAUAAUUUGCAUAUGCCCAGGGUAGCUGGCUGCUGUCUAUUAAAUGAAAUAAGAACCGUGUUCUUCUCAAAAGGAUGAGCGUUUUAACGAGUCCUUUUAAGGUAGUUUUGCUGAAAAGCAGAAAUCACUGUAGAGAAUCCAUACGCAACAGCUAUUUAUGGUUUUAAAUUUCUGGUACAAAAUAUCUCCUAAUAACAUUUGCUCUUAGAUCAAACUUAGUAGACCUAAACAAAAGGAUAUUUGAAAGAUCUUGGUGUUCUGGAGGAUUCUAGAUAGGAAGUUGUUCACACCAAAAUAAAUUUAAAUUUUUAUUCCUAGGCAAUUGGCAUGAAGGUAUUCAACAGGCUAAUACUUUUCUGUGGUGGUAGAAAGUGAAGGCCAUGCUAUAGAUAUUUGUUUACAGAGAAAAUAAUUUUAUGUGAAACAUAGAAUUGUGUACAGCUCUCAAAAUGCAGGAUUUUAUUUGGAAAUAACAUGCUGCAAUGCUAUCUAGUUUUUAAUUCACUGUUUUAAACAUGA